UAAAUGGGCAAGUGCGUACGCUCUGGGAGAAAACGAGUCUUCAACGGCCGCGAAACUUUAGUCGCAAGCACCGUAUAACUUUAAACAUAAGGUGGUUAAAAUACAAGUAGAUAUCUAACUAGGUGAAGGUAAAGGUGGUGUAUUUAAACCACGUCGUUGGGUUUAGGCGCUUGUUGGCGGUGUAAACAGCGUGAAAGAGGAGUUGUGGGUGGGUUUGACGGUUAUGGCAGCUCCGCGACCCAUUAAAGGUAUCCUGAAGAACAAAUCCAGUAUCAAAGCCCGACCCAAAGAGCCAAUUCAGGAUACUUCAGAACCAGCAGCGUAUAUAAACCCUGAGGACGACCAACAAAAGAAGUCACAGAAAUGGGAUGAAAUGAACAUUUUGGCCACAUAUCACCCAGCAGACAAGGACUAUGGGUUGAUGAAGAUAGAUGAACCCAGCACACCAUACAACAGAAUGGCGGGCGAUGAUGAGGAUGAGGGGGCACUCAGCGACACCGAUGCAAAUACAGUCCUACCCGGAGAUGACCUCGCCAAAAAGCUGGCGGCAGCAGUGGAGGAGGGAGCUGAAUCUCGCUUCAUGAGGGAGGAGGAGGAGGAGGAGAACAGCAGUGAGGAAGAGGAAGAUGAGUUGACUCCAGAGGAGCAAGCCAAAAAGCAGCAGUUCCAGAUGAUGAGGAAGAUGCAUUAUAAUGAAGGCCUGAACAUUAAGCUAGCCCGACAGCUGAUCGCCAAUGAGCUGGAAGAGGAUGAAGAUGAAGAAAUGAAGGAUGACACAGAGACUGAAGACAUCACCAUUGACCCACCUCACAAUGUCGAUUCCCUGGAAUCAUAAGGAUGAAUCAAGAUUCAUCCUUCAGCUCCUGCCUUGUCACAUGAACCUUUUAAAGGCACAGUGUUGUCGCUGAUCCAGCACCUGGAUUCCCCUCCACCUUGUUUAUUUCCACCGACAAUGCAAUGCCACACAUAUCAACCACCCCUUAUUUGCCAAACGUUUAUCGUCGUCAUGCUAAUAAACAUGACUGUUAUCAGACAGAGGCUAGGACUUCAUGUAGAGCUGAAGAGCACAGGAGCUCCAUGCCUAACAACUACCAGGCUACUGAGAAGUGCAUUUGUUCCCAGUGCUGCUGUUUUUUUUUUUUACUGUACAUCUGACCAUAGCUGACAGUAGCAGAUCAACUUUAUCAUGACCUUUUUCUUUAUCCUGACUUCCUGGAUGAAACGCACUCCUCCUACACCAAUAAAUUAGUUUUAUUGAAUACCAUUGAUGCGAUUUAAACAGGUGGUUUAGCAUGCACUGGUUCUUGUUUAAUGCAUUAGUUUGUAAUUUAAAUCAAGAGGACUGUGAGAUCUUUGAGUAGGUCGACACACAUUUAUAGUGUUAAACCGCUCAUAUGAGCUCUACUGUAUGCAUGGCUUCCAAAAAACCCCAUGUUCAACUACGCUGGCACUUAGUGUAACCCUGUGUAUAAUAUGGUGGGUACGUAUUACCUAACUAACUAUAAAACUACUGAUCAAUAGACAAAAACCUUUGGUUGUCUGUUUUAACCGCUUUAAUAGUCACAAUACAAAGGUUUUUUUUUUGCCUUUUUUCAAAAUGUCUUUUUUUAAAUCACUUAUUGAGUUAUUCCAUAAUCACUGAAUUAUUUUCUGUGUAGUACCAAAUGAAAGAUUAAAGUAAUAAAUAUUAUAAUUCCAGCUUUAAAAUAAAAUAUUGAAUUAUCAUUCGAGUUUUUCUAAUGUAUAAACUUAUAUUCAUGAAUAUUUGCACUUCUCGCACACUAUUUCUGUCAAAAGUAUGCUAUUAAAUGCUAAAUGGGUGAAUUUUAAGAUGCCUGUCAAAACAUUUUUAUCAUUUAUUUAAUCCCAAAAUUUCUUACCCUAAAACAUAUAAAAAUAAACUAUUUAAAUGGAUUGUGUACACAUUAUGUAGUAUUUGCUGAUUUCUAUAGUAGUUAUCAUGCUGAUUAAAAGGAAAACAAUGUGAAAAUAUAAUUGAGCUAUAAGAAUCAUAAUUCCAUUGACAAAGAAAAAAGAAAACUUUAAACAUCCAAAUGCAUUGCAACAAAUGCCCCAUCAUUGAAAAAAAUAAUAAUUAGUUGUUAUGGGUUCCCGGACAGGGUUUAGAUUAAUAAAGGACUAGACCUUGGUUAAAUUGGGACAUAUAAGUAGUUUUUACAAAUAUACCUUACAUUGCUGGUGUGCAUCUUGAGACAAAACAAUGUCACUGAUAUAUGUUAAGGUGUGUCAAUGCAAGCUGUUUUUAGUUAAGAUGGUUCAAGCAUGCAUUUUUUCUGGGACUAGGCUUAACGCGUGUCUGGGAAACUAUUCGAUAAUGUCACAACAAUGAGAUUUGAACAAGACAGGUUUUGUAAAAUUCACCCAAAUGUCAGACCUUUAUUUGUGUGUGUGUGUGUGUGUGUGUGUGUGUGUGUGUGUGUGUGUGUGUGUGUGUGUGUGUGUGUGUGUGUGUGUGUGUGUGUGUGUGUGUGUGUGUGUGUGUGUG